UGCUGUGCUGAGUUUGUUGAACUAUCAGAUCUGGAACUACAUGUCAGAGAUUGCUCUCCCAAUCAGUUAGUCCUGAUCGUCAAUGAUAAUGAAGUUCCAGUGUCGUCUGCUGAAAUGUUCCCUCUAGCCUCGUCGCCCAGUAAACCAGGGGAACCAGGCAAAACAGUCAACAACUCUGAAAUGGAAGAGUUCAGUGAUCUGUCGGAGGAGAAAUCGGAGGUGAAGGAAGAAUCCAUGGAUGUUUCCAGAAGUAAGAAUAGCCACGGCUGGCUAGAUAGCCCCAGUAGCACCAGUUGCAGCCGGAAAAGCAGUACUGACAGCAUGACUGACAUUGUUUCAUGUACCUCAGUUCUCCCAAUUUCACUAACUCAACCUGGCAACGACCUGUCGGAACAGCAGGGGACAUUCUCAUGGUUCAACAGCAAUGUCAUCAUUGAAAACCUAGAGAGCACUAAAGUGGCCGUGGCCCAGUUUUCCCAGCAGAGCCGAUCGGACACCGGCAGCAGUGGCAGCAGUAAGAUGGCCGUCUCAUCACUGAUGGAGCAACUCCUGGCCUUGCAGCUGCACCAGAUCCACCAGCUGCAGCUGAUUGAUCAGAUUCGUCACCAGGUCUUAUCGUUUGCCUCCCAGAGGUCUGAGGUAUCAGAGACACUGACACCCAUCAGCUGCCCUCAGGUUAGUCUAGCAUCAACGCAUGCCAGCCAGCUGACAACCCUCAGUUCCCAUCUCUCCCAGCAGCUGGCUGCAGCCACUGGGUUAGCCCAGAGUCUCGGCAGCCAGUCUGCCAGCAUUGGCCACUUUAAACAAUUAACAGCAACAGUACAGUUACCACAGAGCACCCUAGGUAGGAGUAUUGUGCACUCUAGCACUGAACCCUUACAAAGCAUGGGUAAACUCAUAGCUUCAGCAGUUAGCAAGCACCACUCUAGAAAGAAGUACACUCAUGCUAGCGGUCUAUACCCUCAACUAAAUGUUUCAGCUCAAACCAAAAGGAACUCACCGGUACUUGGCUCAGGUAGCUCGCUAAACCCAUCAAAUAAACCACGUCUACCUCAGCCACCACCCAGCAAUCAAACACUCUCUAGCGCUGAACCAAGCAUUGGCACAAUUGUGCAAGACCUGAAUGCCUUGACGGCGUUAGCCAAACAAAGGAAAGGAAAACCACCCAAUGUGACUUAUUUCGAACCCAAAAGCUCUUCCGAAGAGGCUUUCUUUAAACACAAAUGCAGGUUUUGUGCUAAGGUUUUUGGGAGUGACAGUGCCUUGCAGAUCCAUUUGCGAUCCCACACUGGGGAGAGGCCAUACAAGUGCAACAUCUGCGGGAUUCGUUUCUCCACCCGUGGGAACUUGAAGGUACACUUCCAGCGGCACAAAGAGAGGUUCACCCAUAUCCAAAUGAACCCUUACCCUGUUCCAGAACACCUGGACAAUAUCCCAACCAGCACAGGAAUCCCAUAUGGCAUGUCUAUGCCACCAGAGAAACCAGUUACAUGCUGGGUGGAUAGUAAACCAUCCCUAGCCACCUUGACUACUUCUGUAGGCCUGUUGCUCCAAACUGGAUCACCCAACUUACCCUUUCUCAUCAAGAAAGAGGAGCAGCCUGUCUCAAUAACUGCGUAUUCCAGUCCAGGUAUACGUGAAUCAUCUAGUGAAGUAAAGUCUACCAAGAGCAUAGACUUGGUAGAGGCUGGAAAAGUCCCAACCUUCCCCACCAUGAAUCUGAAAACAGAUGACGUUAAACCUCCUUUGACCUUUGUUUCGAAGAUGAGCUCCACAACCGAAAUAUCCGCCGACGUCGCUUCCAUCAGCACAAAUCCCAUCAAGUUGGAGCAGUUCAAGACCAAACAUCCCUUCAGAGGAGGAUCAAUUGAUCCCCUGCAGACAUCAGAGACCUUGAAACUCCAGCAGCUGGUUGAGAACAUUGACAAGAAGGUGACUGACCCCAACGAGUGCGUCAUUUGCAACCGCAUACUUAGUUGUCAGAGCGCCCUCAAGAUGCACUACCGCACCCACACAGGAGAGCGGCCCUUCAGAUGUAAAGUGUGCGGACGGGCGUUCUCCACCAAAGGGAACCUGAAGACGCACCAUGCGGUUCAUCGCACCAUGCCGCCACUGUGGGUCUACCACUCCUGUCCUAUCUGCCAGAGGAAGUUCACUAACGCUGUUGUCCUACAGCAGCACAUCCGUAUGCAUAUGGGUGGUCAGAUUCCCAACACCCCUCUCUCUGAACAGAACUACCCAAAGUCAAUAGAGUCUGGCGGAGGUUCAAUUGAUGAUAGGAAAUUAGAAGAGUUGGAGAACCCUUCUGAUGAUGAUAUGGACUUCAAUGACAGUGGGAUCGCAGGCAUGUCCAGGUUUAAUAACGCCUCAUCCGGCAGCUUGUCUCCCGCUCCUUCUGAUAGUACAGGAGCAGGCUCCUCUGAUGCCCAGAUGACAAGAAACUAUCAUAGGCAAGUGGAGGAGAAGCAGGUCAACUGGUUUAAGACAAAGGGACUGGCUAAAGAGGAUCAGCAGGUCUAUGACUCAUCAUCUCUUAGAGGUGACCGAAGUGGUGGGAGCCUUGCUGUUUCUGAGAAUACAGUUGACAAGCAGUCUCUGUCCCCAAGCAAGAGUGUUCCAGUUCGUUCUAGCCCCACAAGCUUUGAGGAAUUGUACCAGAAAGCUUUAUCCCAGGCACAUAUCAAUCCAAGCCUUCUGCAGUUCACUGGCACUAGUCCACUGGCGUCCCUUGACCACCUAAAAUCUUUAAACCCACUGAAGGAUCCCACUAACAUGGUCUACUCUUUCUGUGAACAACUAGGCAUCUUCAAGAACAAUGAUUGCGAUAUUUGCGGUAAGAACUUUGCCUGCCAAAGUGCCUUGGACAUCCAUUAUCGAAGCCAUACCAGGGAGAGACCAUUUAUUUGUACAGCGUGCAACAGAGGGUUUUCCACCAAGGGGAACCUCAAGCAGCAUAUGCUAACCCAUCAGAUGAGGGACCUGCCAUCCCAGUUGUUUGAGCCCUUCACUCCCAGCCUUGCCUCCAGCCCCAACAACUCCAUACAUCCUCUGGGGUCCCAAAUGAUCAAGACAGAAGUGAACAGUUUCCUGGGUAGUGCCCGCUAUGGGGAACCAAGGGAUCUUCUAGGCAUUUUGAGUUUGAGGACGUCCUCUGCCUCUUCCUCCCCAGCACUCGUCAUCCCGCCACCUCGACGGACUCCCAAGCAGCAUUACUGCCACUCUUGUGGGAAAACCUUCUCUUCCUCUAGUGCCCUGCAAAUCCACGAGAGGACUCACACCGGGGAGAAGCCGUUCGCCUGCACUGUCUGUGGUCGGGCAUUCACCACCAAAGGAAAUCUGAAGGUACGUUCCUCUUUUACAUUUAUGAGAUAGGGUUUAGAGAGAUUGUCAAGAAACAAAAUGUGAAAACUGUCAUGCGAAGUUCUGCCUUGUUUUUUUCAUUUUUUCAUUUAUUAAUUCAGUAUAUCUAAUCUCGAAACCCAGAACGGAAAUCUUGCGCCAGUUACUCGAUUAUGUGCUGGCGGGAGAUAUAUGAGAAAAGAUACUAGAAAGAGAAGCGGAACAGGGUGGUAGCCCCCCUCGCUCUGCAAGUUUUGGUCAAGUCAAUGGGCCAAAUAUCCCCUCCUCUUCCGAAUUUCGAAAGAUGCUCACACCUGCUAAAUCUUGAUUUUUUCCAACUAACCAGUGACGAAAAACCAGUGCACCGGAACAACUGUUGCUUGUUAUUCUUCUGACAGACGUUACGAUACCAUUUAUGUUACGUAGUCUGUCCACGAGAAAUGUAGUAUACCUAACCAUUUGUCUUCAUAAAAGGAGUGUAACUCACCAUUGCUCUCUUCCCCAUGUAGGUCCAUAUGGGAACUCACAUGUGGAGUAGCGCCCCCACCAGGCGAGGACGCAGGCUGUCUGUGGACGGACCAUUGAUGUUUAUGGGAACUCAUCCUGUGAAGCUACAAGAGCCUCCUCAGAGGCCAGACAUUAGGUCCAGUAAUGGAGACUCCUUUUGUUUCUGGAACCACUGUACAGACUCCUUCUCUAAGAACUUGGCCAUGAGGAAUAAAGAUAUCUCAGUCGGAGGCGGGUCUUACCUCUCUGGACCAAUGGAGCAUGGGGCCAGCUCACCCAUAGGGGGCGUAAAUGUUGGUCUGGACAAAUUGCACCAUACAGAACACAAUGCUGCUCUCGAGCUGCCUGGUAAAAAUGAUACCAAAAGAGCGACUCACUUCUGUUUCCCUCAUUUGAUAGAAGAGAGGAUGGAAAUGAUUGCAAAU